AUGCGGGCGUCGAGCCCGGACGGGACGGCGCGCGCGCGCGCGGUGGACGCGCGGGCGUCGUCCGCGUCCGCGUCGACGUCCUCGGUGGAGGCGCAGAACGCGAGCGGGUCGACGAUGGAAUUCGAUGGCGCGAUUGGGAUCGUCGUGUUGGAACGCUCGGACGGUGAACGGAUCGUGCUCGUGCGACGGAGAGACGAUGGACGGACGCGCGGAGAGGGAACGUUCGUGGAGAUCGCGGUGUGCGGCGCCACGGGGGCGUUGGGGGUGAACGACGCGGGUGCGUCGUACGAAGACGCCGAGUCGGCGGUUUCGAGCGCGAGACGACGCGGGUACGAUAAAGAGCUCGCGCGAGGGGCGUGCGCGCUGGGAUAUCGCGUGUACGGUGAUGUGGCGGCGUUGUUGAUCGCGAGAGUGACUCGCGUGGCGGCGAUCUUGCCGACGGGGGAUGAGGUGACGCAGGUUCGAGAAAGCGGUUGGACGCGCAUGGCGCUGAGAAACGCCUGCGUCGGUUUAAAUCGGGAGGAGCGCGCGAAUCUGCAGUCGCUGUGUGAAUUCUCGUGCGAUGGGACGCAUUUCUUCUGUCACACGUUUGACGUGUCGAGACCGUUCGCGUACGGGGGGGGAGGAGAGAAACCAGACCGCGAGUGGGUGUGGAACGCGUCGCUGGCGGAACCGCUUCAGGCGACGGGGAUCCCAGGUAUCUGUCCGACGCUUAUGCAAGGUCUCGUCGAGCAUCGCGAGCUGAAGGAUGCGAACGGGAAAUUAUUUAACCUGUGCAUCUUCGGAAAGCGAUCGAGCUUACAUCCCGGAACGCGCUACCUUGCUCGAGGCUUGAACGACAUCGGCGCUCCCGGGAACGAGGUGGAGAUGGAGCAGCUCGUUUGGUGCGAGACCGAUCGCGCGAAGAGCCCUGCGCUCGCGGAUACAUCAGACUCGCGCGAUGAGAAAGAGGGAACCGUCGUAUCGCCCGACGGUAAAUCUUGGAGCUGGACCUCGUACGUGUGGCGACGAGGUAGCGUACCGAUUAGUUGGAUGCAAGAGAUCAAGCAGGCAUACGGAGAGGCAGAGAUUCAGGUAGCACCAGAUAAUCCGUACAAGGGCACUGGGACGUACUUUUCGCGAGUGAUGAACGCCUACCGUGCCGGCGAGCGCGCUACAUUUCCGAUCACGUGCGUGAACUUGCUGCGAUGCGCGCCUGGAAAGCCAGAAUUUUUGCUCUCCGAGCACUUCCACGAAGCGAUUAGAGGAGUGCGACAGCGUACAGGAUUGGGGGAUGUGUCGGUGCUGAACUUUGAUUGGCACGCUAACUGCAAAGUGCUCGGCGAGGCAAAAACGGUGGAGGGACUUUGGGUCGCUCUGCGUCGUCACCUCGUUGAGGGAUCACUCUUCUCGGGUUCCACCGUCGCCGCGGAUGGCGAGAGAGUGAAGACCGUGAGUAACUGGCAGCGUGGACUACUUCGAUACAACUGUGCCGAUUCACUAGACCGAACGAAUCUUGCUGGUUUCUUCGUCGCCGCGCAAGUGCUCACGGAACAGUGCGCCGAACUGGGUCUGAGUGUUUUCAAUGCGAUGGCGAACGCUGGACUCGCAUACGGAGCUGCCGCGCCAUCCGAGGGACGAAUAUCCAGAACAAGUUCGGGCGGACUUUCGCUCCCCCCGGGAUGGGAGUCGCGAACGGACACUUCGACCGGGAGGACGUUCUACAUAGAUCACAAUACUCGAACGACGAGUUGGUCUCUGCCCACGGAGUACACACCGUGUGAACCGAUUGACGUAUCACCGGUUGAGACUGUGUCGAAAGAUACGAGCCAGAGUGCCUCGUCUGCCGGUAGCCCACUUUUGACGAGGCUGAACUCGGGACAGAAGGUGUGUCAAAGUGGCGGUGCGGAAUGGCUGGGAGAGCUCAUGAGGAGCCCUGAGAAGGACCAGACGCCGAGUGAAUCGUUCAAAUGGUUGGGGAGCACCGUGGAUGAGUUCCGGGCUGCGAUGCUGCCGCAGUGCCUUAAUGCCAUGGUGGAAAUAUUCCUGGCGAACGGCGACUUUCACGCGCAGAUGUACACGUCAACUAGAGCGUCACACUCCGCGACGAUUCAUCUGCUCGAUGCGAACGCGGCCACUGCGGCGGCUGUUCGUUUCAAGUCUACGCCAACUACGGCGAGUAGCACCAUGAGCAACGCCGCUCUCGGGAUCCAGCGAAGGUUUCACAACAUGGUAUCCGACGGCACGAAGCAGUCGCAAUUUGAAAUGUUCCUGGGGUUGAAUAGCUCAAAAUAUUUUCCGUCGACUUCGGACACUCCUGGUCGUGUGUUGACACGAAUCGAUGCCGCUGAAAUAAAUGAGCAUUCAAAGUGCGUGAAUCCGGAGCUCGAGGAAGAUUUGCUGAAGGGUAUUUUGUCGUCGCAUGGAGGAAUGUGCGCGGCGAAGGGGCCGCUUUGGAUCACUCCCAAAGGACAGCACGCAUUGCACAUGACGUUUUCUGUGUCCUCCGGGUCGGGAAGCCCUGGUUAUCUACUAAUGAAAUCGCCGACGGAGGUGUCAGAAUUCAUCGCGCCAUCGCACGUCAAUGUCGUCGUCAGCAAGGAAGGUCAGCGAGAUCGAGCAACGUCGUUCGCAUUACCACGCGUCUCUCCCGGCACAUCGUUAGGCUUCAUACUUCGCGAUACCAAUGCUUUGCCGAGUGGUGGCUUGAUCGACUUCGAAAGCGACGCGGUUCCGUCUUCACAAGAUGCCGGGUAUUCAGUGAAGGUGCACCUGCAAAAUUACCUCGGGGAAGAUGAAUCAAAAAAGGACGCCUUUUUGGCUAUCGGUCACUUGGAGUUGCUCAGCGAACGCCAUCGAUUAGCCAGUGAUAUAUCGACAUCCACGCCGCUGAACGGACAAAAGGUAUCGCUGGGAGCAAAGCCUCCAAUGCCGCGAAGUUCUGUAGACGCGGAGAGGGCGACGCCGAGCGAAACAGCAUCAAAGGCGGAAUACUUCAGUAAGCUCAAGGAAAUCGACCCAACCCAGGCAUCACUGUCGUCACUCUUAGAGUUGGAGGUGAUUCGCACCCGCGCGCGCAUGUCUGUCGCGGACAGAGAUGUUUUGAUCACGAAGAACGGGUUCAACCGAAUCGAUUUGGAUCCAACGGAACGCUUACGAGAUUGGCUAGCUCGCGAUGGUUUGAGGGAGUUGGAGCACGAGCGAGCUGAAAGAAAAUCCACCUCGUCCUCAUCGCUGAGUGCAAUGUCGGGUCUUCGAGGUUUGAGCAUAUCGAGCUUGACAGAAUCGAUCAUGGGGCCGAUGAUGCGGCCAAACUCGGCGACGCUUUCUCACGUAUCAAAUGCUCUUGGUUCGCAACAGGCCACAGCAAAUGCGGGGAACGGUGUCACAAGUGCGCGCACCUUAGAAGAUCAACGUUGCGCUGCUGUGCUCGAGGAGUUGAGGAAGGCAUCAUCUGAUCUCGCGACCUGCACCGGAAAAGGAGCAUUGAGAGCAGGGUACAGCAUUCAGCGCUCCGCCGAGGCGUUUUCGUGUGAGACACAGACGAGCGAGGCUUGCUCCAAGCUACUCGCAGACGCGACUGUGCGCGCGACGCUAGAUACUAUGCCUAACAUCAGGCGCGAGUACAUGCGGUCGACGUUUGAGCAAAGUUCUCGCAACGGUACAUUACUACACGUCGGCGUUCCUUCAUCCGUCGUCAUCGGAUUCAAGCUCGCCGUUCCGGAUGCCAUUGGAGGGUACGUGCCGUGCGUCCUCCGCGUCACCGGGGUUUGCGAUGCGGAUGGAAAAGAAUUAGUACACGUAGAAGACUACGUCAUACCCGCCAUAGGUCCGCGGUCGACGCUUCACUACGAGUUUGGAGAGAUUUUCGCGCAGCGCCAGCCGAAAUCGCUCCUCUUCCGCCUGUUGACUGAUCCCGGACGCGUGUGGGGUCUAUCAGGCCGAGUCUCUCUCUACGCCCACGCCCUCGAUUCGGCGCCUCAAGCGAGGCAAACCUAG